GCUCAGACCUCUCUCACCUUCUCCCACUCUUGCCAGACUCUUCCCACCAUUUCAAGCAACUGUAUUUGCCCUUAUUCUUCCUGUUGCUGGUGGUCCCUGCUUAUCCUCAGGGCCCAGCUGCAACAUCACCUCCCCUGGGACACCUUCCCAGUGCCACUUCCGCCCCAAACAGCUCACUGAACUCAGGACCCCACAGCCCUCUGGGCGGCAUCUAGGGGGUGUGUCCUGGGUUUGUUUCUAUCCCGCAGUCUGGACACAGGAGGAGUCACCCACCCUGACAUCUGGCUCCACUCACGCGUCUCUUACUGCCACGGGGUUCUGCAGACUACCCCUCCCACACCAUGCCCUAGGGCAGAGGCCCUGGGACUCAGCCCCUCCAUGGUUUUAUGGGAGUCAUGUUCCAGUCUCCCUCUCCCCCUCCCCUGCACACUCCAAUGGCAGCCAGACCUUCUGUGCCUCCAGUGUUCAGCAGGGUGGGGACUCGGGAGGGCCGGGCACCAAAGGUUCUCAGGGAGGACUCAGAAUGGAGGGAGCAUCAUCUGUCCAGGGCUCUCAGGGCGUCCUCCACUCCCUACCUCACCACCCAGCCCCCACCUGGCCCAUCCCAAGUCCCACCAUUCCUCUCCCACUCCGCUGUCCAGGCUGCCACCCUUCCAUUACAGAUGCCUGCAGUAGCCCCUUCCCCCCAACCGGUCACCUGAGCCACACUUGUCCUCAAGGCCCUAUAUCCUAACCCACUUUACCUCCUGUUUCUCUCGCCGCUCAAGGUCUUUCCCACCUGGACUGGCCUCUUCUCCUCCCCAGCUGGAAUGUCACCCUGCGUCUGCUCUCUUCCCUGGUGUCCUCAGGAUCUAGGCACCUGCUGAGUGGGUGAAUGGAUCUGUGUGACUGAGGUCGUCCUUGAAUGAACCACUACAGUGUGAUUAGAGCCUAAGUUACCUCUCUGGGCCUUGCCUUCCUCCAGCCUGCCUCUGCCGACCACCCAGCUUAGAGAAGUUGGGCAAAACAAAUGUCUUGCCCCCAGAAACUGGAAAGAGUGAGUCAGCUCAUCUCCAAGCAUGAACUGCCUCCCUGCCCUUCCAGUCCCACUCACCCCAGCUUGUGUCACAGGCUUUUCUCCCUCCCCAGCCACCCACACCUCCUCCCAGCCCCAGGCAUCUCCUCCCCAGGCACCUCCUCCCUGCCCCACCCUGCCUGGCCCCUCCCAGGUGCCUGUGGUGGAGCAGUCGGCACCUGUGACAUACGCUGAGAGGGCGGUAUACCAUGGGGGCUCUAAGGCCCUGGGCCCGAUACGGGCUACUGGUUGUGGCCCACCUGCUUGCUCUGGGGCUUGGGGCUGCAGUGUUCCAGGCCCUGGAGGGACCUCCAGCACUCCGGCUCCAGGCCAAACUCAGGGCCGAGCUGGCCAUUUUCCAGGCAGAGUAUGGGGCCUGCCUGCCCCCCGGGGCACUGGACGAGCUGCUGGACAUCGCCCUGGCAGCCAAGGCCUACAGGGUUUCCAGCCUGGGCAAUGGCUCUGAGACCAGGAACUGGGAUCUGCCCUCGGCCCUGCUCUUCACUGCCAGCAUCCUCACUACCACGGGUUAUGGCCACAUGGCCUCACUAUCAGCAGGUGGAAAAGCCUUCUGCAUGGUCUAUGCGGCCCUGGGGCUGCCAGCCUCCCUAGCACUUGUGGCUGCACUGCGCCACUACCUGCUGCCUCUGCUCAGCCGCCCUAGUGCCUGGGUAGCCACCCGCUGGCAGCUGACGCCGAGCAGGGCUGCGUUGCUGCAGGCCACUGGACUGGGCCUGCUAGUGGCUGGUACCUUUGUGCUGCUGCCAGCACUGCUGCUGUGGGGUCUACGGGGUAACUGCAACCUGCUGGAGGCCAUCUACUUCUGCUUCGGCUCGCUCAGCACCAUCGGCCUAGGGGAACUGCUGCCUGGUCAUGGCCGUGGCCUGCAUCCAGUGCUUUACCAUCUGGGCCAGUUCGCACUUCUGGGUUACUUGCUCCUGGGGCUCCUGGCCAUGCUGCUGGCCGUGAAGACAUUUUCAGAGCUGCCCCAGGUCCACGCCAUGGUGAAGUUCUUCGGAUCCAGUGGCCCUUUGAACGCUGAGGACCAAGAUGGCAUCCUAGGCCAGGAUGAACUGGCUCUGAGCACCCUGCCACCUUCAGCCGCAGCCCCAGAACAGGCCCUAGCUUGCUGACAGGUGUCAGAUGAUAGAGCUCCUUUCAGGUGGAGCAGCCUGAGGAGGAAGCCAUGGGGGAGGGGCUGGGGAAGCCUCUGGAGGUGGUAGGGAAGAGGGUGGAUGUGAGGACCUCAGAGAAUGUGUUAAUAAAAAAUAAAAUUGGCAACA